AUGUUGAAAAAGGAAGAAAUAUGGCAAUCGAUUAAGAUGUUUCAAAAGUAGAGUAAAAGAGAAUUAGAUUAAACGAGGGAAUCAGAAGAUUAAUCAUCAUUUAUUUCUGAUAAUGAAAAAGAAAAUUUAUUUAAAAAUAAAUAGCAAUCUUGUUAAUGCAAAUAAUAAUUGUUGUCAUUGAAGAAAGAAUGUAUGCUUUAAAUAAGGGAAUUAAAAGCUCAACAUCAAAUUGAGAUGGAAAAUCUUUAAAAUCAAUUCUAAAAAAUAAUCAUCGAAUAAAAAUAAUAAUAUGAAUAAGAAAUAUCACAGCUAAAGGAAGAUCUUGAAUUUUACAUUGGUGAAUAAAAUGACAAAGAAUUGAUGUAACUAAUCGAAUAGGAAUAGUAGAAAGAUAAAGAAAUAUUUUAGCAACAAUUAGAAUUUUAAAUUACAGAGAAAUUAAAAUUGGAAUAAAAGUUUAUUCUUUGUUAGAAAGAAUUAAAAUAGUAUAAAGAAUAAGCCUAGUAUUUUUAGACAACUCAGUAGAAUUAGCAAAUUUAAUAGUUAUAGUAAAGUGUACAUAAAAAUUGUGCCCCCCAAUUAUUUAGAGAUACUAAUAGGAAGGUGAAAUUAUAGACUGAAGGGAUAGAUAGAUCGAUUGUAAACGAUGAUAAUAGCAAUAGGGUGGGAAUUUGUAAUUCAAUCAAGAAUUUUAAUGCAACUAUUAAGCAUAUGGAAAAAUCUCAACAAUCUUAAUGUUGA